GCAACAUAUUCUAUUGUAUACUAGUAUAUAUACCGGUGCUGAACGCUGACGACUGAUGUGCCGGGAGUGUUCAGCUGACAUCAAGAUGUGGACUCAACUAGGUGUUCUGUUCUUUAUUAUUGCAACGGUUGACAGAGCAACAACACAAGCUGGCGUUACAAGCCAACCCGACUCUCCGUUACAGACAUUACUCCUAACAGCAUCUGAGGGUUCUAAGUUGAAAAGUCUAGCAAAGGUGAUCAAGGACGCUGUUUACUAUGACGUGGAUCUUGGAGGAAAUAAUGGCUUGACGAGCAAGCUCAGUCAACUGCAUGGGGAGGGUCACGAUUUGUUGGUUAAAGCAGGAACCAUGAGGGACGACGCUCGGCUGGCUGUAGGUCAACUGCAAGGUCAAGCACCCUCUUACUCUGCGAUAAAGACAUCCCUCUCAGAUCUGAUAUCUACGGCUGGAGCAUUCAAACUACAAGCACAAUCGAUGAAGGAUGGCCUUGAUUACCUUCUUAACCACGUGUCAGCUCAAGAUCACUCUAACGAUGCAUUGAGGAAAGAGCUCUCCAGUAUAAUAGGUUACGUGGAAGAAUGUUUGAAUCGAGGAGAAACGAUGAAGAGCCAAGCUGAGCAGGUUAUAGCUCAGCUGCAGGGUCAAGGUCUAAUCGUUGGAUAACUUUGUGUAACUUUGCCUAUGUCUAAUUCACAAAUCAAUGUGUUUGGCGCAAAUAUGACUUCCGUUGGCUGAUUUACUCUUAAAUAUAACACCACUUCCUAUGUUAAUUUACGAGAGGACGAAAUAGAUUGGUAUUCUGAUAAAAAGAAUAUAAUAGGGUG